AUAUUAGGAACAUGAAGUUCUCAUCGUCAUCACCAGCACCUUUGUCGAUGAGAGUGGAAGUUUCCGUCCAAAGGUGGAAUUAAGUCCGUUGUUAGUCCCACACAUACAGUGACCGUAGAGAAAUCUGAAGCAACUACGUUCGAAAAUGAUGACUGGCAGAAGGCUACCGUAGAAUUGUCGGGACAAACAACCGACAUGGAUCGUGAUUUUGUGAUCAUUAUUGAACCACGGGAAAAGCAUCAGCCAAGACUGUAUUCAGAGAAUUCGGACAAUGGCAAUGGUUCUACUGCUGCUAUGAUUCAAUUGCUGCCUAGUUUCAAAUUGAAGGAACAGAAGACGGAACUGAUAUUCGUAUUGGACAGGUCUGGAUCCAUGAUGGGUCAAAGUAUCCGUUCGGCGAAGGAAGCUCUCACGCUGUUCCUUCAUUCCAUGCCUGUCGAUUGCUAUUUCAAUGUGCUAGGAUUCGUUCUAGGUAUGAGUUCUUGUUUCCGGUUAGUGUCAAAUACGAUGACGGAAGUUUGAGGAUGGCAUUGAAACAUG